AUGGCGGGAAAAGCCGGCCUUGGGCAGCGAGGAGGUGGAAGUGGACGCCCUGUCGGGACGGAGCUGAAGGUGUACCGAGGCGAGAUCCCACAGGGGGAGGAGGCAGGGGAGGUGGACGUGAACAUCAAGGGCAUGGCGGGGGAGACCCUCGCGUACCCUUUACGGUACGGCUAUGCUCUGGUCGGUAGGGUGGUCCGGUGCGGGGCGGACGUCGCGGACCGGGAGCGGUUGAUGGGGAGGGAAGGAGGAGGGGAAGGUGCGGCGCCCUUAGUCUUCGCCUUCUCCCCCCACGCCAGCCGCGCCGUGGUGGCGGCGAGUAGCUUGCUCGUGGUACCUCCGGGUAUCUCGGCGGAGGACGCCGUGUACUUCCCUUCGGUGGAGACGGCCCUCUCCCUUGUGCAGGACGCGCGGCCGUUGGCAGGCGAGCGCGUCACGGUGGUCGGGGCCGGGCUCAUCGGCCUUUUGGUCCUCGCCGUGUUGAAACGCUUUCCGUUGGGAAGCCUCCGAGCCGUUGACCCCUUGACAGUUCGGCGACACCUGGCUCGGCGCAUGGGGGCGUCCGUGGCCGUGGACCCGGGAAUGUUUAGGACGGGCAAGAAGAAGGAAGGUGCGGGGGAUGAAGGAGGAGGAGGAAGGGAAGAAGGCGGGGACAGGAGAGAGGCAGGGGGAGGGGAGGAAGGGGCCUGGGAAAAAGAGGGGGUGCAGGAGGCCGACACCAGCAUUGAGGUAUCGGGUGUGGCCGCAGGGUUGCAGACAGCCAUCGAUCAAACUGGGUACGGGGGGAAAGUAGUGAUCGGGUCCUGGUAUGGCAAUCAUGAGACACCUGCCGCCCUCCGUCUCGGCCUCACCUUUCACCGAAGCCACCUGCGGCUCUAUGUCAGUCAGGUAAGCCGCAUAAGCACCGAGCUACAGGAUCGUUGGACGAAGGCGAGGAGGUACCAGACGGCCUGGCGGCUGUUGAAGGAGAUUCGGCCUUCCACAACGCUGACGUCUCGUGUCGUGGCACCGGAGCAGGUGAAGGAGGCUUUUCAUGCACUGGACACACAGCCAGCAGAAACAUUGGCGGUGAUGAUUGACUACCGUAUGAAGGGAGGGAAAGCACGGAACAAGGGAGCUGGAGACAAGUAA